AUGAAUACCCGCCAAUCUAUCGAUGAGUCCACCGGGCCAUAUUCACUCUCAGCAACAUUUAAUCAUAAUAACAGCUGUUUCUCAGUGGGAUUGGAAACGGGAUUUUGUGUAUAUAAUGCCAACCCUUGCGAGCUCAAGGUUUUGAGAGAUUUCAAUGCAGGUAUCGGGGUGGCGGAAAUGCUUGGCCAGUCGAACUACUUGGCUAUUGUGGGGGGUGGAAAGAACCCCAAGUUUCCACAGAACAAGUUGGUUAUAUGGGACGAUGCCAAACAGAAAGCGGCCAUCACACUUGAAUUCCGCACUUCCGUCCUCGGUGUUCGUCUCUCCAAAUCAAAAGUCGUCGCUGUCUUAUUAAACAGCGUCCAUGUCUUUGCAUUCUCCAACCCUCCACAGAAACUCUCCGUCUUUGAGACCUCCGACAACCCCUUGGGGUUGGCCUGUCUCGAUAACAAGGUGUUGGCCUUCCCGGGCCGAUCUCCGGGCCAGGUCCAAAUGAUAGAGCUGGAGACCGGCAACAUCAGUAUCAUACCCGCACAUAGCACACCGUUGCGUGCUAUGGCUUUGAGUCCAGAUGGGAACUUGCUGGCGACGGCGAGUGAGUCUGGGACUUUGGUUCGUGUAUUUGCUACAGGGAAUUGCACGAAGCUAGCAGAAUUGCGACGCGGUGUUGACCACGCCGUGGUAUUCUCAAUUUCAUUUUCGCCAUCCAAUACUUUGCUGGCAGUAACAUCUGACAAAUCGACUCUUCACAUCUUUGAUAUCCCCCACCAGCAACCCACCGCUCGUCGCAGUCAGUCACCAUCACCAGCAUCCGAAGAAGCACAUCCUAGCCAGAAAUGGGGAAUCCUUGGCAAGAUUCCCCUACUUCCUCGUGUCUUCUCAGAUGUCUAUUCAUUUGCCAACGCACAUUUCGAGAUUGGUGAACAACCCAACCUGGGCUCGCAUGUGCCACCGAUCGGGUCAUCAUUUGGUCGGCCUCAAAAAGGCCUGAUAGGCUGGUGCGAUGACCAGACUCUGUUGGUAAUUGGAGCUGGGAAAGAGGGGCGCUGGGAGAAAUUUGUGCUUCGAGAGGGCGAGGAAGGAAAGCGAUAUUGCUUGCGGGAUGGCUGGAAGAGAUACCUUGGUUGA